ACAUUAAGUCACAUUUUUUUAAAUCGUUAAUAAUCAGAUUUUUUUUCAAUUAAAUAAUCCAUAUUAAAUAAAACAUGAUAAGUCGAUUUAGGAGGCUUUUGUGAACUUUUGAAAAAAAAAUCUAAAAAAAAAAAAAGCAAAUAUAACAAUAUAUAUCAAACUAUAAAAAUACCAAAUGCUUUUAUUAUGUAUUUUUAUUUUAAUCAACGUAGAGACUACAAUAAUAUCGUGUCGAUCAGAAGUUUGACAAAAAAUAUCCCUGCUCCUCCUUCCUGUUACCGUAUCACCCAGAGCACCUGCGCACACGAAUUGAAAGAAGCGACAGAAAAGCCUCAGCGUCCGGAGCAGAUCGAUAAGCCGCACGCAAAUGAAGGGAUGUCACUGUCUGCAGGACGCCUCGACUCGACCUCUUCUGUCUCCUCCAUCUCUCUGGUGGAGAUCAAGACUGAGACUCGUCUGGUCCUCCAAGCUUUCCUCCAUCAGACUCUUUCCACCCCCCUGACAGAGAGGCCUGGCAGGGUAGGGGGAGGGUACAAAGAUAGCAGCAAGUACAGCACCAAGCCACAACCAAAGUCAAAGGAUGGCGCCGCUGCUCAGGCCAAGGACGACAGUUCGGGCGAUGAGAAGAAGACUGGAUUUAAGAGCUUAAUUAAGAAGCUGCCACGACGCAACACUUCGCACCGUCAUGCCAAAAACUCCAAAGGCUCAUUGGAAAGAAACAGCAAGGGAAAAAUUGUACAGUACAGAAGCCAAACUGAUGAUGACAUCACAUCAUCAUCGUCUUCUGAUGAAGAUGAGGACGGUGGAAAGAAAUCCUCAAAGAAGAUUAACCGAAAGAAAGUUGUUAAAAAGCUGUCCAAGUUCUUCAAGAAGAAGAGCAGUGAGAAGCAGAAGAACGGACCGUCUGCCCAGAGGCCUGAGACGCUGGCUUGGGGCGACCACAAUCAACAGCCAGACACCAAUUCUCCCAAUAAUCCACCCGAGUUCUACACUGAUGUAGCAGAGAAACUGGAAAGGAUUGCCAGAAGGACCUCCAGUGUAAAGAAACCAAAGAUCACAGUCCAGCCUCCGACAGUAGAUGAUGACACAGUGGUGCAGCAGCUUGUUCAGUUGCUCUCCAUGGAGGGAGAUGCUAUCAACGCUAAGAUCCAGUCAGACCCCGCCCUGUGCGCCAACUUAAACCGUCUUUCCUAUGGCUCCUUUGCCCAAAUUCUGGACUUUUUCGGCAGCUCUAGUCAGUUAUCAGUGACCCCACCUCAGCCAGUACCAGACAGUCCAACGCUGCAGCGCAUGGUGGUCACCAUGGAGGUGUCGCGGCGGAUCGUGACAGCCACGGGCCGCAUGCAAGGCUUCGCAGAGCGCUACAUGGAAAACUUUUACCCGUAUAUCAAACAACAAGGAGGCUGGGAACACAUGGUAGAUUUGGAGGAUUCUGUGGAGUACGACUGAGACCCAGGUGUAUUUUUGUCCCCAACUGAACAAUCGUGACGUGUAAGUGAAGAGGAACGGAUGGAGCUUACAUUGCGUUCACACGGUGCCACAUCCGGACUUACGAAUAAACCCUCAAAGGGCCUUUAGUUUCUGCUCAACUGGAAUCAAGGCAUGAGAAAGAACUUACACCAGUGGAGUUUUGGUUUACACGGCCAGAAGCUAGAUUUAAGUUAAGAGAAUCACAUGCGUUUUCAGUGUUGGACCAGUUCAGAUUUAGAUCUCUAUUAGGGUCUUUCAAACUAAAAUUUAAGUUAAUCAAUUACACUUAAAUGUAGUGAUAAUCUUUUCUGUCUUGGGAAGAUAGAAGAGAUUUUUAUUGCAGGCAUGCACACACAGGCCUGCUUUCUUAUGGGAUGUUGCACAAAAAACACCUCCUGUUCCACCUAUGUAGCAUUAACACUAAUCAUGGUCCUCGUACGGACUGAAAUGGGUGAUCUGAUCACAAGUGGGCAGCUAUAAGUUUUGGUGCGAACGCAGCCAAGACGCACCGAGAUCAGAUAGGACAGACCACGUUUGGAGGUGGGCUAUGAGCUAUUAACUACAGUCUUUUUGCAAUGUGACAUCCUCUGCAUGAAAAAGAGCUUCCUUCAUUCAUUUUGCAUGGCAAUUUUAACUUUUAAAAUGUGGGAGUAUGAUCUGUAACCAAAUGGUGGCUCAUACCCUGAGUACUUGACUGACAGAAAAGGCAUAAGCACUCUUUGGUGUUAUUUAUAUGUAGAGACAAAGAGACAGAUUUUGAUAUGGUCUUGUAGCUGUUAGCAAACUGAACUUAUGGAUAAAUCCAAUUAGGAAUACGUCAACAGAUGAAAUCAUUGAAUAUGAGUACACUACGUGUUCAUGCUGAUAUUUAAAGUAGGCAUCUGGAUGUAAGGAGGCCAGUACGCAGCUGUAUAAGUGGCAAUAUUCUACUGGACCCCAACUUACAAUAACUCACCUGAAUAAGAUACUUUGAUUAGUGGCCAAAUGUCCUCAACCAGUCCAGUCGCUCUUGUUUCAGCUUUGUUUUUAUAUGUACACGCAAAAUGCAUUGUGGGAUACCUGGCACGUCCCAGGUCCACAGAAGUUACCUCACCGUGUGUCAUCGGGCAGGGCAACAACACUUUAUGGGAUGUUUAAUUUCAACUGGAACAGUACAUGACCGGAGUCUGAUAAUGUUUUCCAAGAACAGAUAGUGAUAUAGCCCGUAAAUGUGAUAUUUCUCACGUAAGCUUUAACUUUCUGUUGCCAGUAGAUGGGGCUAUUUCCAUGAGUCUGCGCUGAGUGAACUCUUAUCAAACAUCUGAGGAAGAUCUGGAGAGGAGAGAGAACAGUAGUUUGUAUUAUCAUGACAAAACAUGUGCCUACUCUUAAACCCUCAGAUUUAGCUUCAUAGUAAAAAGCUUUAGUGUUGUAUUUCAUUUAUUUAUAAAGCCCUAAAUGGCAACUUUUUUAAAAAAUAUAUAUAUAUAUUAUUUUUUUUUUAACUGGCCCACUAAUAAGCAUACGAACACAUACUUUCUGAUCUACAGUAUUUGGGGAUUUUCUAUAAUGGCCACUCUCAUUUAGAAACUGUUUGUUUAAAAAAAAUCUCUGAAAUCUGAAAAGCCCCAUUUAGUCGGCAUCAGAUAAGUCACUCUCCUCUCCUUUUUACUUUCAACACUCCUACUGGGCAUUACAAAUAUCCUGUUGUGUUGUAGGGAGAAACGACCUCCUUCAGCCAGCUCAUGAUAAUAAUCAGAUGAAGAUGAAUUGUGAUGUUGUAUGUAUGGUCAUUUAAUACUUUGUGUAGUCAUUUUUACAUUUCACAAUUCUGAGCCAACCAUAGAAGAAGAACUAAACACAGCUUUUAUUGUGAAAUCUUUGCAGGCAAAAAACAGGCAGACGGGAUUAAAGGAAAGUGUAUCGUUUAAUCAUUGCAGUGUGAAUCAUGCCAGGUUAAUUUGUGAGAAAUUAACAUGUUUAUUUAUUUAAAAACAAAGUGCAUUGCAUCAGAUUUCAGUAUUAAAAGUUGUCAAAAGUUUGAAGAGCACGCCAACUGUACAAAAUGUUUUUGUAUGCUGAACUUAAAAGACUCCAAAAUGUUUUGUAUGCUUGUGUAUUAAAAUGUUUUGUCCUUA